ACAGACUCUCAAAGAAACAAAGGAAGAAACAGAAAACAAUGAAGAGUUAUGAGGACUUUUUUGAUCAAAGUGCUGAUGAAGAAACAGUUGAACAAAAGGAAGUGCCCAGCAUGGAGAAGGACAGUGGCUCAACAGAGGAGUUGGUAAAUGAUGGCCAAAGAUGUGCUGUGUCAGAGGACAUUACAGAUGAUGUCAGCCAAGGGAAUGAAACAAAAAGUGAAGCAAAAAGCACUAAGCCUAAAGGGAAAAAAGCCAAGGAAGUAAAAAAGUCUGCUAAGGCAUCUUCAGAGAGCUCAACAAUGAAUGAAGUUCCCAUCCACUGUGUAACCUGCAAUUGUACUUUUCCAUCCCGAAAUAAACUGUUUGAACACCUGAAAGCCACGGGACACGCAAGAGCAACAACACCACCAACUAUAAAUGGACCUGUGAAUGCAAAAAUCAAAAAAGAGAAACGUAAAAACAGAUAGAACUUUGCUAUAGUGACAGUCUUCAGAAUUGUACAUUAACACUCUCACAGAACUGAAACAUGCACAUUGCCGGGGUCUGGAGUUAAAGAAAGCAAGUACCAAUGUAGGAAAAAAAUGAAGAUGCACAAAGGGGAUACUGUGAUGUGGAGGACUCUGCUUUCUUCUGUUUUUAACAGCCUUCCUUUAAUCAUAGAAUGAUGUGGUGUCCUGGCACAGGCACGUGCUCCCUCCACCAAGCCACAUUGUCUAAAGCUCUGUACCUUGCAGCAGCUUUGACACCAUGGUAAUAGUAACUCAAAGCUACUCACCCUGUGUUCCUGUAGAAACCUGCAUGGAUAAAGUACCCACACAGAGGAAAUAAUAAAUUAUUUUGACAUGUGUGUUGUUGCCUUUCUUUUGAGGGCUAAGCUCAGGGUAAGUGUAGCCAGUAGCAGGGCCUAUGCUCAGUUGGUAAGAACAUGGUGCUAAUAACACCCAGGUCAUGGGUUUGAUUCCUCUGUGGCCUAUUCACUUAAGAGCUGGGCUUCAUGAUCCUUGUGGAUCCCUUCCAACUCAGAUUCUUUGAUCCUUUAUCAAAUAUGGAGCUCUGCCAAGACACGGACUUUUCUUUUGCCAUCCUCAAAUUACUUAAUUACAUUAAGCAGCAGACAGAAGGGAAGGACUUAGAUGACAAAGCUGUUUGAUCAGUUUUGUCAGUUCCUAUUUUUGUACAUUUACCUCCGUGGCAGGUGAUGGAGAAAAAAUUCUAGUGGAACAACCUAGCUGGAAUAAGAGAGAGAAAUAAAUGAGUGACAUGAAUUAAUUAAUUUGUUCAGAUUUCUAAGGAAAGACACUGCACUUCUGUUU